UUGGAUGCCAACUGCAGUUAAACCUCAUCGAAGAAGAACAACAUCCUUUCUCUUCAGUGUAAAUGGAAGUAAACAAUGUCAGUGGGCUGGGGAGAUUUCAGAGAAAGCGGACUGGUGUGAAUUGUAUUGGAAGGUCAGAAGGCCCAGCUGCGUUGUUGUAGGCACGUUACUGGGGACAUGAACAGAACUCCGAAAGGGGAAAAUGGAGUCCCUAGAGAAAGCAAGUACAAGAUGGGUGUCAGGGAUGGAGCAGCAGUAUUAACAUAAGGAGACGUGUACUUUGAAAACAGAGAAGGAAUGGAGGGAAAAGAGAGGGAGAAGAGGUCUAAGAGAGUGAGGGAAGAAGAGGGUGAGCUUGAGUCGGAUAAAAAUGGUGUGAAAAAUGGAGAUGGUUUGUCAAAGAAGAAUGAUAGAAAGUGUAAGCAGAGGCAGCUGAAGACAGGAGGAGAAAUGGAAGUGAAUGAGGGUGAAGUAUCGGAGGUGGUAGGUGCGGUAAAGUUAUCGGAGACCGAGGAUCAGGAUGAAGAAGAGUCUGUGACAGUAGGAGUGAAGUUUAUGGAAAAAGUGGACUCUUGCCUUUUGGCUGAUCCAUUUGUGAUUUCACUGGGUGAAAAAGAGAUGGGUCAUGUGGAAUCGGUGAUGGUAACUAGAAGUGGUCUAGUGAUAAUUGUGUUUCUGUUGGGCAGAGGAAGAAUGCGCUCGAAGUAAAACGAAUGGGGGCAAGAAAAGUGAAUUGUUUUGUUCUCAAGAAAAGGGCACCAAUGAAAGGAGUGAUACCUGGGGUAGCAGUAGAUAUAAGCGUUGACCAGCUGAGGGCAAAGAUUCCCGGUGUGUGUGAUGCUCGUCGUUUGAUGCGAUGCAGACAGGGUGGUGAGUGGGCAAACAGAAGAGUCUUUGCCCAACAAAGUGAAGUUAGGAUUUAUAAGUUAUCCUGUACGAGCGUAUGUGCCGAAUACAUUAAGAUGUUACAGGUGUCAAGCUUAUGGGCAUGUGGCAGCAGUGUGUAGGAGGGAGGGUCCAAGGUGUGAAAAAUGUGCAGAAGGGCAUGAGACAAAGAAAUGUGUAGUAUUGGGGAAAGUAGUGGAAUGUGUUAAUUGUAAGGGUGUCCAUGGAGCUGGGGAUCAGAAAUGUCCUGUGUGAUGUCCCGUGUGAGAGAGGCAGGUGGAGGUUUCCAGGGUUAGAGUGGAGCAGAAGUUGUCAUAUGCUGAGGCAGUGAAGAAAGUAGAUAAAGAUGGGUUAAGGGGGAGGAGUGGUGAGAGUAGUAGAGAUAUACCAGCACAGAUGGAUAGGCCAAAAAGUGAAAAGUUUCAGUAAGAUUGGAUUUUUAGCAUUUAUAGCAAUGGUUAUUAAUUAUACUGCAGGGAUGGAUCAGAAGUCUCAGAAAAAUUUAGGUUGUGAUGGCAGCUGCAGAGAGGUAUUUGGGUGUGUGAGACUUGACAGCAGAAGAGUUACAGGAUGUGUUAAGUGGUGAUGUCCCAUCCUUUCAGGGUGAUGGCAUGAGGUAGGAAUAAAUACAUUUAAUUAGUGGAGUAAGGGGGGUGUUAAUUUUAUUUUAUAUAAUUUUGAAAUUAGUGAGUAUAGUGUUAGAUGGUAGGGUAUUUUAGUACAUUUUUCUUUUUCAAGUAAAGUAGACGGGAGUUGUACUCGUCUAGUAGGUGGCGGUAAUGCAACAAAUUGGAUGCCAACCGCCGUUAAACCUCAUAGAAGAAGAACAAUGUCAAUGACCAUGAAACAUUUCUACGCUAGCGUUUUUAUUGUUGUUAUUUAGACGUUUAACAACACAAUAUAACUCAAUAUGGACCAUUUAACAGCACAGCAUCACAUUCUUACCCCAUGUAGUCUUUCAUUUGCGUUGAAGACAGAACUUGAUUGAUAGAUAUCUAGGUAACGUUAGCUAGCUGCUAACAAUGGCUAACUGUAUGGUUUUUCACACUCAAAUAGCCUCCAUCAUGGAGGUACUAGCGAAUGCAGCCGUGGCCGAUAUCUGUAAACUCGUAGACGACGACUAUGCAGUGUUUCGUUUGGAAAUUUCUCAAAGCCAGAAUGAAAUCAGGGCAUUGCGGAGGAAACUACAGCUACUGGAACUGAAGGUGGCACGGGAGCGCGCAGAGAGGACAAUGCGAGAUCGCGUCCUCGCCAGUCGUCCCAGUAGUGUCAAGAUCCUCGACCAAUACAGAGGAAUGGAAAGAGCUGAAGGACAUCUCACUGGAGACCACAGGAGCUUUGUGAAACCAGCGGGACACAAUACAUGGAGAGAUGACCAACCAAUCACUGUUGAUGAGGGGAGUGGAACCUCAACCCAGCACGUUAUCAUGAUAGAGAAUGCAGAGGCUGCAGGUCCUGGGGUCAAACUGGAGAAGUCUGAAGGAGAGGAGGACACACGGGACAGCAGAGCCAUCCAGACUGGAGCGCCCCCUGUAGCCACGGAGGACCCCACCACCCCAGCGCAGCCCAGGAGCCGACGCAGCAUCACGGAGGAGGAGGAGGUGCUGCUGGUGAAGGAGGAGGGGUGUGAGGAGGGUCUGGGGAACCCUGAGGAGACCAUGGUCAUGGAGGACAACCCUGAGGGGACCAUGGUUAUGGAGGACAACCAGAGUACACCUCCUCCUGAACCCACAGAGGAACGAGCUGAGCAGCACAGGACCACACACAGUCUCACUGAGUCAGUAGACAUGGAGGAUGGGAAGCCUGAUCUGCUGCUGGUCAAAGAGGAGACAAUAGAAGACAGACCAGAGAGCAUUGAUCUGCUGAGUGGACUAAAGAUGGGGGAGCAAGGUGGUUGGCUGGAGGCUAACAGAGGAGACUGGGCAGACAUCUUGGAUUCCCAGACCCAGAUGGGUGUAGCCAAGGCCCCGGGGGAUGACAUCAUUGAGCAGGCCAAUACCAGAGGCGACAUGGCUGAGUCUGCAGUCCAUGAGGACCUGCUGAAAUCCGGUGUUGCUGGCGAGGGAGAGUGGACUUCUGAAGCGUCUGGUCACAAACUCUGGCCCCGGAUCAGAACCCUGGAUCAGGAGCCAUCGCUCUUCCUUCCCGAGUUAGAACCAGGACCGAACCACGAGGGACAGAGACUCCACCACCACACAGAACACAACCAGUGGACAGGUGGACUGAACAACCUCAGUCCUGGUGGUCAUCAGAGAGACAGAGGCUCCAGUCAGGGAUCCAGUCCGCAGCCCAGACCCUUCUCUUCACAGUCUCAGUGCAGGGAUGAAGCAGGGCCUGGGGCUAGUAGAGAUAGACCCUCCUGUUCCUAUGAUACAAACACCACAGUAUCCACGAUGAACAGAGCAGGUCACCCUGGGCUUCAGCAUUCACAGAGAGCGGUGGGAAGCCUCCCUGGUGAUAGUCUAACAGGAAGUCUGUCUUCUCUAAUGCCUGGUGACUGGGUUCAUAGAAGGCCUGGGUCUAGCCAUCCUCAGCUGCCUCAUGGUUACCCCACCAAUACAGACAGGGCCAGGAUUGGCGUUCACCACAAGAGGUACCUAGCCUAUAACACAUCACAUAAUCCUAACAACACCCAAACAAUGACUAGAGGUCAAGGAGGGAGCUCAAAGACUAACCACCUGAGGGUGGUGGCUCCUGCUUCUACCUCCUCUGGUGUCAUUGUGCCACAACGUGGGAGGCCGAGCAUUAGGACAGACGCCGAAAAGCCAUACGCCUGCCCCACGUGUGGGAAGCGCUUCGCUAAGACUAAAUAUAUCAAGCAGCAUCAGACAGUUCACACCAAGGAGAGGCCAUUCAAGUGCAAACUAUGUUACAAGAGCUUCUCCUUCCAGAGUAACCUUAUCAAACAUAGGAGUAUCCACAACGUGGAGAAGUCGUAGCAGUGUGGCUUGAGGUGUGCACUGGGGAUAUCUGGGAGCCAUUCUUUAGUUUAGCUGACAUUUUAUGGUUAUCAUGUGAAGUGUCUUAGAGUGGGUACGCUCUGGGUACGCUCACAUUCUCACAUGAUACAGACUUGUUGUUUGGUGUGCUGGCACAGUAAAUCCAUUUGAAUUGACUCACUUUGACAGCAUCCCUUAUGAUUUAAACAUAACUUUCUGUACAUGUUUUCCCAUGGAAGAAGUUGUCAGAAAGUGACGCGUAAACUCCAAUCUUGCAGCCUGGACCCUAUUUCACAUUAUCUGAGUUUUGAGACACCGUCAGUUUAGACACAACAUGCUCUUGAAUACAGGGUGGGUGUCAUUUUAAUCAUAGAAAUAUAACUCAUAGAACAGACCUAUUCCUUCAGACCACUGCAAUUGACAUUUUUACUUCUAAUUACUACCACAACUAUGACCUUCAGUCCACCCACCGUUUAAUGUCAAUUUAAAUGGUCAUGUCUAUUCUAUUAUCAAUAUUUCAAUAGGUUUCCUAUGGAGGAUUGGCAGUAUAAUUUGAAACAGAUAUUCCCAUUCAUGUCAACAUUCUCAGAUGUGUGGACCUCCAACCAUCUUUGUGGUACCAUUUGAAAGUUUACAUUUUAGUACAUUUAUCAUCCAAAACAUGACACCACCCUGUAUUCAAGAGCAUGUUGUGUCUCAGACGGCGGGCACAACACAAAAAGUCUUAGAUUAUGUAAAAUAGGCUAAAAUGCAAAUAUGAAAAAAAUCUGAUUACAGGUUUAGAUAAUUUACUUUUUUAUUAAUACUUAAUUUUAAAAUAUUAAAUAAAUCUCCAGAAAUUAUAAAAUAGUUUGACAACCCUGUUUGUCAGCUUUUGGUAUAUCAAUCUCAACCGUCUAUCUUUUCCAGUGAUGAAAACGUGGAAUUCUCAUGGUAUGGUGGGGUAUGCAAAAUGGGUAAACUUUGGGCACCUUUAUUGCUUGAAUGUUUUGGUAUUCAGAUCCAAAAAUUUACUUUUUGAGCACUUCUACCAUGGAUUUUGUUCAAAUAAAAAGGGAUGCCAUCAAAAAGUGAUUGAAUUCAAAUGGAUUUACCGAUAGCUGAAACACUAAUUGAAGUGUAACACCAUAUUUCCCCUCUGAAUUUGGUUUUGGCUAUGUUCUAGUCAUAACAAAUAUAAUGUCCCUCUUUGGUAAAAACGCCUUUAACACCCCUUUCCACAACAUUAUUUGGCAUAAUCAGGUGAAACUUGUUCCUUUAUGUACAAAAAACAUUGGUGAUCAUAUCUGUUAAUAAAUGACAAAUCACGUU